GGGGCGGGGGACGGCGGGGAGGUGGCCGCGCCGCCGCCCCUCGGCGGGACCCCGGUGGGGCGCGGCGCGGAGCGGAGCGGUGUGGGUGGCGGAGGCGGCGGCCAUGACGCUCACCAAGGGCUCCUUCACGUACUCCAGCGGGGAGGAGUACCGCGGCGAGUGGAAGGAAGGACGCCGGCACGGCACCGGCCAGCUGACGUUCGCCGACGGCAGCGCCUACGUGGGGCACUUCGAGAACGGGCUGUUCCACGGCUGCGGCGUGCUCAGCUUCGCCGACGGCUCCAGGUACGAGGGGGAGUUCGUGCAGGGCAAGUUCUGCGGCGUCGGCGUCUUCACCCGCUACGACAACAUGACCUUCGAGGGCGAGUUCAAAGGCGGGCGCGUGGACGGCUUCGGGCUCCUGACGUUCCCCGACGGCUCCCACGGGGUGCCCCGCAACGAGGGCUUCUUCGAGAACAACAAGCUGCUGCGGCGGGAGAAGUGCCAGGCGGUGAUCCAGAGAGCGCAGAGCGCCUCCAAGUCUGCCCACAACCUCACGGCCUGACGCUGUCCUGGCCCCUGCACCUCCCUCCCCCUG